AUGCAUUACUUGAAGCUGUUUCUCAAAGGCGCUCUGCGUAUCUACUCUCUAGAGUAUUGGGACGAAGACACUCUCUUAAUGGACUUGUCUACUGAUUCUCCACAAGUGAGCCAGCUUCUUGCUUUGCAAAGACACUUCCAUGGAUGCUUUGAGCUACACAAGCCUACUCUUGCCGUUGUGGCAUGGCAAAGAGGUAUUGGCAAGAUCGAGAUGGACGUGUUGCAAGAAGCUAUCAGCCAUCUCAUUUACCAUUACAGAUGGGCCAGUACGAUUGAAAGUGAGGUUCUGAGGAUGGAGCCGAUGCUACAGACAUGUCUUCAUGAUGCCAUUCUGUUUUUAGAGGUUUACUUGGAGGAGGUCUGGCAGCACGGCGGGAAACCGACUCAAUGGAUUGAACAAAUAUGCUAG